AUCACACUGGAUGGACAUCCCGCUGCCAGAGCACAGAAUGAUUCACUUGCAAUGGUAGAAGUUCGUGUUUUCAUUCCACCGAACCAGCAUACUGUUUGUGCGGCUGUAUUUGCUUCAAGCGAACCACAAUGGUCUAUUAUUGUUGAUGCUUUUGUUUGAGAGCCGCAAUUCUUAAUGAUACGUCUCUACGCCGCAUCAUAAUGCGUGUGAAGAUCAUACCGCACCUUGUCCUGAGUUUCUUCGCUUGCUACAUCACCUGUGAGGCUGGAUGCCCAAAGUUGUCCAGUCCUGACCAUGGGAGCGUGCAAUAUCAUGCACAGGGCCACUUUGCCUCCUUCAUGUGCGAACAUGGAUACGUUUUGAACGGUAGCAUAACAACCGUCUGCCUUUUCGACAAGUGGUCUGCCGAAGCACCUCAGUGUUUGCCUGUCAGAGAAGUCUUGAUGAACAUUCUGGUGCUGAAACCGCAGACGAACUUAACGUCGUGUGAAUUCAAAGAACCGUCUGACGAGGCGUCCCACAGUAUGCCUCAGCAUACUACAGAUGCGACGACAACUGCACAGGAGACUCAUGUUACAUCAGUGCACACGUCAGAAGAAACCCUUCACCCCCAAGGUGCCUCUCCUGCACGGCGAUCUCAUACACCUCGGUCAGUCACUGUGCCCACGGACGUCUCGCAUGGUAGUAGGAUCAGCAUCGGCUGCGAGAUUCCCUCUUCGUUUCCCAAUGGAUAUCUGUCACUCUCAAGGAAAUAUCCGCACCGUGUACAAUACAUGUGCGCCGGAGGCUUUACCCUGGAAGGAACACAUACCGCUUAUUGUUACAGUGGGACAUGGAGUUCGCCCGUUCCAGUAUGCAUCCCUCUUGAAGGUCAACCACAUGCACCUCAGCCGCCGACAGGAGAGAAUCCUUGCCUGAUCGACUACGACGGCUGCGACCAAGUGUGCACUUAUGGUGGAUAUACGAAAGCAGUCUGCCAAUGUUACAAUGGCUACAAGCACCACGGAAAGAAAUGUUUAUCUCUUGAUGACACAAGAAACCACUCCUCCAGUUCCUGUUCCUCGAGCGGUUGCUCUCAUGGCUGCAGUGAAAAUGGCGGCAUCGCGAGGUGCUACUGUCCACGAGGCUACACCUUAGACAACGAUGGAAAAACGUGCAGAGACGUCGACGAAUGUAUGAGUGAUAAAGGCGGGUGCCAGGAUAUUUGCAUAAAUUACGAAGGGUCACACCGAUGCGACUGUCGUCGUGGCUACAAGCUGGACACCGAUGGGAGGUCUUGUAUUCAGGAACCUUCGUUACCAUUGCCUACACAGAAUCCCUGUCAUUUUUAUAACGGAGGCUGUUCACAAGGCUGUGAAAACAAAAAUGGGGCAGUCAAAUGUUAUUGUUGGACAGGAUAUACUUUGAGCGACGAUUCAAGAGCCUGUCAUAAGGUGUCAGUACCUGACCCGUGCUCUAGCAACAAUGGUCUGCGACCUUGCGGGGACAUUUGUGUCAACCUAGGCAACAGAACGCACAGGUGCGAAUGUCGUCAACCUGGGACUCAGCUUCAUCAAGAUGGAAGGUCGUGCGUUGAUAUAAACGAGUGCGAUGAAAACAACUUUGGCUGUAUGCACUAUUGCUACAACACAGUCGGAUCGGCGCUUUGCUACUGCAAACCUGGGUUCAAGCUGGACAUAAAUAACAAAACCUGCUCAGAUAUCGACGAGUGCAGCCUGCCUGGUAUUGAAAGCCAUUGCUACGGUCAAUGUGUAAACACUAUGGGUAGUUUCCGCUGCGUCCCAGCAGCAGCACAGUAUGCAACAACCACAGCAAGCACCAGGGACGAAACUACUGUUACGAAAGACGCAGAGAAACCUGACGGUGAAAUCAUCUUCCCUGGAAACGAACCAACACCUGAGCCGACUGUGCCUGUACCAACUUCCCGACCUGUUUCAACCUGUGAGGAUGGCUUCGAACAUGAUGCCCAUGGAAGAUGUGUUGAUAUAAACGAGUGCGAUGAAAACAACUUUGGCUGUAUGCACUAUUGCUACAACAAAGUCGGAUCGGCGCUUUGCUACUGCAAACCUGGGUUCAAGCUGGACAUAAAUAACAAAACCUGCUCAGAUAUCGACGAGUGCAGCCUGCCUGGUAUUGAAAGCCAUUGCUACGGUCAAUGUGUAAACACUAUGGGUAGUUUCCGCUGCGUCCCAGCAGCAGCACAGUAUGCAACAACCACAGCAAGCACCAGGGACGAAACUACUGUUACGAAAGACGCAGAGAAACCUGACGGUGAAAUCAUCUUCCCUGGAAACGAACCAACACCUGAGCCGACUGUGCCUGUACCAACUUCCCGACCUGUUUCAACCUGUGAGGAUGGCUUCGAACAUGAUGCCUAUGGAAGAUGUGUUGAUGUUAAUGAAUGCCGCACUGGAGAACUCAGGUGUUCUCAGCAUUGCGUUAACACCCAGGGGAGCGUCUACUGCACUUGUGACCGCGGAUACGCUUUGGCUGCAGACGGCAUGACCUGUGUUGACAUUGACGAGUGCGCUAAACUGCCGUACCCCUGUGACCAGGGAUGCGUGAAUACCAUGGGAAGUUACGUGUGCACAUGUUGGACUGGCUUUGAGCUUUCCUCUGCGGACGGGCAUUCCUGCACGGACAUCGAUGAGUGUGUGAACAACAACGGCGGCUGCGAACGCGACUGUGUCAACAUUCCUGGUGGCCACUUUUGUACCUGUCCCAAAGGCUCCAAAAUUUCCUCGGAUCUCCGUAGUUGCGUUGGUGUCACCUGUCCAGCCUUUGUGGAAGUAGCGAACGGCAUAACGAAAUGCGUUCCUGAGAUAGAGAAGGGAAAGUUUGCACGAGUUGGGACCGUUUGUAAUUCUCGGUGUGCGAAAGGAUAUGGACGAGAAGGGACACCAAGAAACGAAUGCCUCGAAAAUGGCACAUGGAGGCACGCCUUUCCUUCUUGUUCAGCAAAAUAUUGUCCACCGCUGAAAAAUCCCGAGCAUGGCAGAGUCUUACCAGAGCGUUGCCUGAGUGACGCCGGGAACGUCGUGUCAUCGAGGUGUACUUACACAUGCGACGAGGGCUUCAUCUUAUCUGGAAAGAUCGUGAAUACUUGCAAGAGGACUGCAACGUGGAAGCAUGAACCUCCCACUUGCAAGAGAAGACGUUCUGAAGUCUCAAUAACGUGUCCACAAGAUGUACAUGCGGUGCUGCCAAGCGGUAGUGACCAUGGCAGAGUUGAGUUGCCCAGACCAGUGUCGACAAAUGUAGAUGCUGAUAACAUUGUAGUACAUCCGGGGUACCUCAAAGACUACAAAGGAGAUUUUCAUUUUGGAAGCCAUACGGUGACAUACGUUGCAAGAGACCCGGAGACUGGAAGGGAAGCCAGCUGUACCUUUGUGGUCGAAAUUCUUGACAAAGAGCCUCCCAAUAUUCUGAGCUGCCCCGGAAGCGUUCAUGUUUACGCGACACGCCUUGAAGGAGCUGUAGUCCGUUGGGAAGAACCUGAAUUUGAGGACAAUGUGGACGUGGACGUUGUCAAGAAGUCCAAGGAACCCGGCACUGUGUUCCCCGUAGGCGAGCACUUCGUCCAGUACGUUGCAUACGACACGUCAGGAAAUCGUGUUACAUGCGAGUUUGCCGUCAUCGUUCAGAGCAAACAAUGCGGCUGGCUCCGCGACAUUGAAAACGGACAUCCCGAUUGCAACGACUGGUUAUAUGGCGUCGUCUGCGAGCCGUAUUGCUACUCGGGCUUCGGUUUUCCUCGCAACGUCCCUACGGUUUAUGCGUGUAACUUGUCUGGCAUCUGGGAGCCAAGGAGCUGGAUCCCGGAAUGUUCUCCAAUUCAGCCCACUUCAUCAACAAGCUGCAUGCCAGGAUCGGAAUAUUUUGACGAGCUCGAGGACGAAGCCAACGUCUGUCUGGAAUGCCCGCCUGGUAUGUUCUGGGAGGCUGGAACAAGCAUGUGCUCUUUCUGCGAGGAAGGGUUUUACCAGGACGAGUUUGGCCAGACACAUUGCAAGCCCUGUCCAAGUUCUUUCACUUCAGCUACAUCACAACUCAUCAAGGAACAGUGUGGCGCUUAAAUUACCGCAUGAUGUCACACAUGUUUUACUUUACCCGGUACAGGUUGUUGUACCAAGUCGUGCAGGGUGUACCGGUGUACCAGAUCGAUGCACGGCGCUAACCACCGAAGGCGACUGAAGGAUACAGAACCAGUAAAAUUGUUCUUAAAAUAGUG